AUGGCUGAACCUGCUAAUCCUAAUAUAACAAACGAUGACAAUGAUGAUAAUAAUGAUGAAAUUGUUAACGAAAACAGUGAACAAAAGGGUGAAACUGAUAAUGAAGAUGUUAUUUAUGAAGAUGAAGAGGACGAUAUAAAAUUAGAACAGCAACAACCGGGUAAUUAUUAUGAUUACUACGAUAACGGCUGUGGUAAUAACGCUCAAAAUAACGAUUAUUUUGACUACAAUGCCGGUAAUAAUAAUUUAAAUAGUAAUGAUAACGAUGAUGAUGAUGAUGGUGGGUUAGAUGAUGAAACAUAUCGUGUUUUUUUACAUCAGCUGAUUGAAGCAAGAAAAUCAAGUGCGGCUAAACGUAAACAAGGACAAUUUAUCCCGGCAACUAAGAAGUAUUUAAAUUCUGGUUUUGGACAACGUUCAAAGUUACUAACACCAAACCUAAUCAAAAAUUUAUUGUACCUAUGUGAGAAUAUUAUUAAUGGUAAAAUAACAGUUGAAAAUAUAUCACCGGCAGACGGGGUUAAUGCACUACAUUACUGA